AUGCCGAAAGUGAUCAGUUAUACUCCUCCCUGGCUCUCCCGCCCUGCCCCCGGGGCUUCGCUCUUCGCCGACACAGUCCCAAAAGCUCCAGAAUAUCCCUCUCAAAGGCUUCGAAAGGAGGUGGGCUAUACGGGCCCAACACGCAUCUUGGCCAAGAGAGGAAAUGAGGUGUUUACGGUAGUGGGCAAUCAGAUCCGCUGGUCUACCCUGGCCCGAUUGAAGGAUGAGUGGCAGCAGACAAAAUCUCAGGACCGGAAAGAAGCUUCACAUGGACAGACAGAUCGCAAUGUCAGCGUGCCUUACAGGGAGUUGGUAGUACCCGUCUAUGAAGACAUCCGCCAGCUCGUCCCCUCUCCGAAUGGUGCCUUCCUAGCAGUUGUGGCGGAUCAUACUGUACACAUUGUUGUGCUUCCGGAUCCGUCGCACCUUUCGGGAACCGAUGAUAAGCCUAUUCGCGUGAAAACCUACCAACUCGGUCCUACGACACAUGUAAUCCCGGAAUCGCCUGUAGUAUCAGCACUAUGGCAUCCGCUCGGUGUAUACAGCAAUCUGACCGGUUGCAUCGUGACAAUUACAGCAGAUGCCGCGGUUCGGGUUUGGGAGUUGGACCGGAAUAACAAUUGGUCUUUCGAUCGCCCUUCACUCGCGAUCGACUUGAGGAAGUUGGUGGAUGGGACUUCUUCCGAUCAGGAUUUCUCUCCUUCUGGAUUUGGCAAGAAUAUGGGAUUCUCCGCUGACUAUGUGGAUAUGGAGGUGGCAUCAGCUUGCUUUGGGGGGAGUGGAAGUGAAGACGAAGAUGCGUGGGCACCAAUGACCUUGUGGGUUGCGAUGAAGCCCGGUGAUCUCUACGCACUUUGUCCGCUGCUCCCUUCCAAAUGGAGGGCGCCAGUCACCACAGUUCCUUCGCUGUCCGCGGCUAUCCUCCCGAAAUUGGCGGCACUGGAGGAGGACUCUAUCGAAGUUGAGGAUCAGUUAACGGCAUGUCGACAGCAGUAUGACUGGCUGGCCGAAAUUGAUAAUCAAGAUCCGCUGUAUAAUAUCUCUGACUUCGAAACUGGGUCCACAUCGGACAUCCUCACUCGCCCUGCCAGUCCCAGUGCGAUUCCUAGACUGCAGGGGCCUUUCCGUAUUGACACCGGUGAUGAGGUUGAUGACCUGGACCUUUGCGACCUCAUCGUCAUUGCAGCUAAAGUCGACACUGAAGCCCUCAUGCUGGGUGAAGAUAAUGAGAUUGCCCUGGAAGGGAAUCCGGAUGACAGGUUGUCAGCCACGAUUAUCUGUCUCUCUACUGUAAGUGGUAGAGUCUAUGUCUGCCUUGAACUCGAUGGGGUGGAGGGACAAUGGCUCCCUAGGGCAAAGAAAAAUGCAUUCCGAAUUCCUAUCUCCGAGCCGUCCGAUCUUAUACUGGUGGAGUCUUUGGAUACACUCAAGGACGGACAACAAUCACUGAAAAACUGGCCUAGUUUCACAAGAGACGUUCAUUCACGGUACAGCUUCUUUGUUACCAACGACAAAAACGUUAUGUCCAUUUCCCUUUCUUCCUGGGUGCAAAGAUUGGAAGCAGAGCUGCAGGCUGAGGACACAGCCGGCUCAGCGUUCCGCUUGCAAGUUUUAUGCGAAGGAACAGUUUCCAUAAUGGAACAGAUUAUCCAGGUGGAUGAUGCCGACAUUGGUGCCAAAGAUCCAACAGUCCACCUACCAGCUUCCGUCGUGUACUAUGAUUACGAUCUUGGCUACUUAUUGAUAACGUUCCUCGCCUCUCACCCUUAUGCAGCUAUUAUGGACACCCCUGAAGUAUCUUUCCCCUCAUUCGCAGACCCGCGACACAGCUCGGAUGGAGAGGUUCCCCGUUCCCCCGUAUUUCCACCUCGACGACCCCCUUACCAGGUACCCUCGAUUUUCUAUUCUGCGCCUCCCCUGGAGUUUUUUGUCGAUAAUUGUGUCCCUCACCGCCAACGUCACACGCUUAAAGAGCAGAUACGUCUGUCGCCGGCAACGCUGGACAUGGUGGCUGCUGCCCAUCGGAUUCUGUCCGCUCACACAAACGCUCUCGAGAGAGCUGCAUCGGAUCUAUUCCGUCGCUGUGAGAGGCUGCAAGGGGAAAUGCAGGAUCAGCUCAAGCAGUUCUCUGAUGUAGCCGAGCGAAUUAAGGGUGUAUCUGGUGACGUUGGAGAUGGACAAAAGCAGGAAUCUCGGAACGAAUCUCUAAAUAAGAGGAUGCAGAGUGCGAAAGACCGACAGGUUGAACUUGUUCAACGAUAUGAAACUCUCCGGACCAAGGUUCACCGAUCUGGUGGCCGGCCCCUUAGUGCAAAAGAGAAGUCUUGGGUCUCGGAGGUCAGCGCAUUAUCAGAAUCGUUUGAAGCCUCCAAACACGGAAGUCGGGAGAACGGCCAGCAGUUGUCUCAGCGGAUUGAUGCUGUGAAGGAAAUUGCAGCAAAACUGCAGUCAGAUGCGAGGUCGAUUUCCGCCAAAGCCCCGAUUACGGCUGAGCCAAGUCCAGCCACCCCUAAAGGCACCCAACCCCGAGUUCCUCAGAGACUUCAGCGGGCGAAGGUAGCUGAUGCUAUGAAGAUGGUAGAACGAGAGUGA